UGGUGCUAAUCGGUAGUAGUGUUUUUGUUUCUAGAGCAUGUCUGCAGGCAGUGUUUGUGGUUAGGUAAUGUAGGAAGCUCAGUGAAUUUGUUGUAAACAUCUCUGGAGACAUGUUUACAUUCGUUGUCGUUCAGUGUGGACGUUAAACAUUAAGCAGAAACAGUAUUGACUGUCAUUAAAGGAGUGUUACACUACAAACUGCAAGAAUGGUAGGCUUGUCUGGCGGCGGACACCUCUUCAAUCCUGCGGCAACAGCAGAAGGUUUGGAUUUUCUGUGACCAUCAGUUUAAGUGAAACGCGUAAUUUCGAAGAUAUGGGUGAUAUCAGUCUUAGUGGAAACAUGUAAAACCGUUGUGAAUCCUGUUAUUUAAUUGUAUGAUACCCAGUAAACCUAUAUGACUGAAUUAAGUAUAAACGUAAUUUUCAAGCUUAGUGGAUUUUUUGUGACUGUCAACUCUACUGUAUCAAUAGGAAGAACUUAAGGAUCGAGACAUGACUGCUAUAACAACAAAUGCACCAACAUCAGCCGACGCCUGCUUGAGUAUAGUGCAUAGUUUAAUGUGUCAUCGCCAAGGAGGAGAAUCAGAAGGUUUUGCAAAACGCGCUAUUGAAAGUUUAGUGAAGAAAUUGAAGGAAAAGCGUGAUGAACUGGACAGUUUAAUAACAGCCAUUACAACAAAUGGGGCCCAUCCAAGUAAAUGUGUUACAAUUCAGCGUACUCUGGAUGGCAGACUGCAGGUUGCUGGUAGAAAAGGAUUCCCUCAUGUCAUUUAUGCACGAAUUUGGCGAUGGCCAGAUUUGCACAAGAAUGAGCUGAAACAUGUGAAGUUCUGCCAGUUUGCAUUUGACCUGAAGUGUGAUUCUGUCUGUGUUAAUCCAUACCACUAUGAGAGAGUUGUUUCUCCGGGAAUAGAUCUUUCUGGACUUUCUCUGCAGUCAGGCCCUAGUCGGCUUGUGAAAGAUGAAUACUCAGCCGGUGUUGUAGCCACAGGCAGUGGAAUGGAAGUUGAUGGAGAUGUAGGAGUUACACAUAGUGUUCCCCAGACAAUACAGCAUCACCCGCCACCUACACAGUUUUCUCUUGCCAUGCAGCCCCAGCAACCAGUUUGUAGCAAGUACCCAAACCCUCCGUGUCCACCAACUGAUGUACCCCUCUAUGGGACACAUGGACGAACAUCAGAGUUGGAGCCUUCACCAGACUCUUGUCCUCGUUCAACAUGGGUCCCCACACGACUUUCUCAUUCGACAGCAGCAGCCUCCCCAGCAGUUGGCAGCCAUACACUGGUUCACGGUAUGGCUGCACCUGUCCAGGCUGCUACCAGUCCACUGGCUGCUGUUCCAGGCACUCCCACUGUAGUUCCACAGCAGCAACAGCAAGUUGUGCAGCAACAGCAGCAACUAACACAGCCACAGACAGCAAACAUUCCAGGCUCUGUCCCCAUGGUGUCAUCUCCACAGCAGCAACCACAGCAGCCACAGCAGCAGCAACAGCAGCAGCAACAACAACAGCCACCACAACAGCAACAACAACCAAUACCAACACCACAACCUCAGCCACCAGUUGUUGCCACUGCUGCUCCCGUAGCUGCUUCAUCUGCAAUUGUGGCUUCACAGACCUUCUUUGCUAGCACUGACAGCCUCUCUUCUGCAGCUGACACUCUUGCUUCCACAUUAGGAGCUAGUCAGCAAAGUCCAGCAGCUUCAAUUUCACCAAGUGUACAGCAAAAUGGCUUUAAUGCAGCAGCACUGAGAGGUACUUCACCUACACAACAGCCAUUUACUGCUGCUCAAGGCACUUGGACAGGAAAUAAUACUCUAACUUACACACAGAGUAUGCAGCCACCUGAUCCCAGGACUCACCAUCCCAGCUUCUGGAGUCCAAGCACUGGACAGUUAGCUUCAGAUGUUCCAAUGACAGGGCUGUUAUCAACCCAGCCAGCACCUGAAUAUUGGUGUUCUGUUGCCUAUUUUGAACUGGACACACAAGUUGGAGAAACGUUCAAGGUGCCUUCAUCCUGUCCUAAUGUAACUAUUGAUGGAUAUGUUGAUCCUUCUGGAGGAAAUCGCUUUUGCCUUGGAGCUCUUAGCAAUGUACACAGAACUGAACAAAGUGAAAAAGCAAGGUUACAUAUAGGAAAAGGUGUGAUGCUAGAUUUGAGAGGAGAAGGAGACGUUUGGUUGCGAUGCUUAAGUGACCAUUCUGUAUUUGUUCAGAGUUACUACCUAGAUCGGGAAGCUGGCAGAGCUCCAGGGGAUGCUGUACAUAAGAUUUAUCCUAGUGCCUAUAUAAAGGUUUUUGAUUUACGCCAGUGUCACAAGCAGAUGCAGCAGCAAGCAAUGACUGCUCAGGCUGCUGCAGCAGCUCAGGCAGCAGCCGUGGCAGGGCACAUCCCAGGCCCACACUCUGUCGGCGGCAUUGCACCUGCUAUCAGUUUAAGUGCAGCUGCUGGAAUUGGAGUUGAUGAUUUGAGGAGGCUUUGCAUCUUACGACUGAGUUUUGUGAAGGGUUGGGGUCCAGACUACCCACGCCAGUCCAUAAAGGAAACUCCAUGCUGGAUUGAGGUACACCUGCACAGAGCAUUGCAGUUGUUGGACGAGGUUCUACACACGAUGCCAAUUGAUGGACCAAGAGGCAUCGAGUGAAAGAGGUUAUUGUUCCAUGAUGUUAUGUUACACUGCCCAUCUGUAUUUAUUUUGUACUUUAUUACUGUUUCUGAGUACAAGUCAGGAUGUAUCAGUCGAUACAAUCCAUUCCCUUUUGAGACUACACUUAAAGUAUUUUAUCAAAGCAUUUUUACUACUUUUUGAUGUUCGUUAUGCUGUACAGUCAAGUGUUUAUCAGAAAUGGCACAAAGUUACGUUCAGGAUGGAAGUUUGAUAUUUAAACAGACAUGUGCCAAAUUGUAAUGCAGUUUAAACAUUACAUAUAGGUGCAGAGAAUCUUUGUGGUAGAAUCUGUGCUGACUGGCAACUACAGCUCCCUUCUAUCAGUCUAAAUAGAAGAGCAGUCUUUGUAACGAGGCAUGUAUGUGCAAUCUAGCACAUUGUUUGUAUAAAAUGAAGGUAACCACUUAAAAAUUGUAGUUUAUAGGAAACAAUGCUGGCAGCAAAGGAUUUUGUGAGGUGAAAAUGCAAGGAAAUCGUUAAUGUUGGAGUUGUUUUGCAAAAUAAGUAUAAGGAUAUUGUGAUGUAAUGCUCUUGGGAACAAGUGACAGCCUUUGAAUGAGGGUGUUUCCCUGUUUUUAAUAUAUGAUAAGGUCUGGUGGGCAGUGAAUCAUGUCCACAGACAGAGAAAUGUAACUCCUGUCAGAUUUGUUGACCAGAGCAGAGUCGAGUGUAGAAACUCUGUGAAAUGUGAAUCUUCACAGCAGUUUGUAUUUAGGUAAGAGCUGUGUGUGUCUCCAAGAAGAUAGUUGCAUAAUGGAAGUAGAGUUCAGUUGUAAUAAGAUGCAACUUCGGAAUAAAUGAGUGAGUGAUCCUUUCUGCAAAAGACAGAUGUUAAAGCUUGUGUGUCUACUGUUGUGAGAUUUUCUUCAACUGAUUUUUAAUCAGUGGAGGCUUUUUAUAGAAGUGGAAAGUACAUGUCUCAUUCGUGAAACCAGAAAAAAAGCAUGAAAGACAUAUGCUAAUAUUGUAUACCUAGCUUGGAUUCAUAAAAGUAAUAAGUUUCACAGAAUCUAAGGUAAAUGUAUGGAAAAGUGACUGCUAUUACAAAAGCCUGAUGAAUUAAUUUAGUUCAAAUGUUUGUAUUUGCUGCAUGUGACCCUGAUAGUGUGGCAUCAAGUCAGUUUUCAGUAAAGAUUUAGUAUGCAUUGACUUUUUAGCUUGUUUCUUUACACACAUUUGUAGAGAAUUUAAAAAUUGUGACUGCCUCUAAUGGCAUUAUCAUGGACAGUGAUAAAUGAAAUAGUCUCAGUAUGAUGUAAGGUUGUUAAAUUGGUUUCAUUGUUCCUGAUAGGCAAGUAGGUGGUCAUUCCCUGCUGUAUAUUAUGGUUCCCAGCAUGCUCCUUUCUUUAUGAAGAUUCUUUAGUUAUUGUAUUAAGUCUUGCUAUGUAAAUCAGUCAUAACUGAGAGAGCUAUUUGCUUGCUUUUAUAAUUUUUUUUUAUCCUAAUGCCUGACCUGCUUUCUGAUGCAUAUGUUAGUCUCAACUGGCCUAACCUAUUCCCGAAGCAUUUGAUUUUGUUAUCUUUUGGCAUGAGUCACUUAGUUUCAAGUCAUUGGUAGUAUGUCAUUCUGUCAUAGCUGAUGGACUCUGAAAGGUUGUGCCACACAUUUACUAACAGCAACUUGUACAUCGAGGAACAUGACCAUGGGAUUAUAGUUCCUAAAUUAAUCAAAUGUAUUAAAAGCUUAGAGUGGUGGAUGAUUGAGAUUCUAUGUAGCAGGUUAUGUACGUGGCUAAGAGCACUGCUUAAGAAAUUGUGUGAAUGUAAUACUGAAUGCAUUAGGAAGUGGACUGUAUUUUUUGCCCAAUCAGUAAUAUUAUUCAGUUAAUGCACCUUGCUGACAGUGGAAAAUACACAUAACUGAUAAUGUAAAUAUUACUCACGUGGAUAAACUGGUAUAAUUGUGAACAUAAGAACUAUAUGGAAUCCUCAUGCAUUCAGAAGAUUUCUGUGUAUGUCAGUGGAUGUUAACAAAAAAUUUAUGUUCUUAGAGCAUUGCAAUUAUUUAUGUAAUGCUAGAGAUGAAAGAAGCAUGUCUUCAUGAAAAGCUUUAGCAUCUUGCUGCUGAAGAGCAAACUUGCACCUAUUUCUACUGAGAUGUUUUACUUUGUAUGUGAAAGAAAAUAAAUUUUAUCU